CGAUGAAUUCCAUCAUCUUACUUGUGCUUGCAUACCUCCAGUAUGUCUGUGCAAAUGUUGAAAAGAUCGUUUUCACAUCACCUUCUGCUGAACCACUGCCUCGUGAUGCAAGCUUCGACAACCUCCUUCUCUUAUCAGUAUCGGAGAAAUUUCCAACAGUCAGAACUCAUCUCGGAGCGAGCUUCCCCAACACCACAAGUCCCAAAGGAACCGCUCAUUGGUUUUUCCUAGAAGGCCUACGUCCACACAACCGCUACGAAGUCCGGAUAUGCUGGCUAGCAACACAGCCUACCUCUUUCUCGCUUAGGGCCUUCGAAGUCAACGUUGUAUUUCAGGAUCCCGAUCUCCUUCAAUCUCUGAGCGAGUACUCAUACUCUCGCCACGCGAAGCUCAGUUCAGCAGACGCGGAACUUCUUCAGCAGCACAAGGCGACUCCUGAUUCAGAUACGACUUUUGUCUUCCUCCGAGUAUAUGCUGCUGCAGAUUACUACAGUCUGGAUGACAGUCUCAUGGUGAACGUGCCUCCUGUUGCGGUCGACAUCAUCCUGGAUCGGUAUAUUUUGGACUUUUUCCCUCGGUCCUUAUUGUCAACAGGGCUGUAUCUGAUGCUGGUAGCAGUGGGCGCGUGGUUUCUCUCUGGCUGGAUUUCUCGGGUCUGUACCGCUCCCUUGACACGGGCUGAAGCACGGAAGAGCCCAAAUUGACCUGGGACGACGGACGAUACACCUCAAGAUGGAUUUUGCUUGUGUAUCCCGCACGGGCAGCUGUUUCUUGAGCCUGAUCAUCGAUCAGGUCCUGCUUCAAGGGCCCGGCACCGUAUACGGGUCUUGCAGUUGGUCGAACUCCGUCAUUAAUGAGAAGAGAGGGAACUCUUCUGCAUAAGACGGAAGGCUUGGGAUUCCUGAACCAUCGGGAGAAAGAUAUUCUGUCUCAGGCAUCUGCCCGAAGUCCGUUCGUGGUACAGAAGGCCAUUGUUCUCCAGAAGCAUCCCCGUUGUAAGCCAAUGCUCCAGACGUGGUCAGCACGGGCCCACGGCUCUCAGCUGGCAUGUCGAACCGCAAUUGCCAUGGUGGCGGUGACUCCUCGACCGGCUCGGAGGUGUCAAAAUUGCCCAGGCCGUUACUGUGAUCGCCCAUGGUUGAUACAGCAGCAUCAACGGGAGUGUGGGUGCCUGUGCCCGGUCUUGUAGAUUUUGCGCUGCUGCUCUUGUUGAUUGGAUCUCCGAAUAUAUUGUGGAUGUCCUGCCUGCGUCUCUGCAUCUGUAUCUGAUCGCGCCUUUUGAUGUGCUCGAGGGCAGCCAGGUGUAAAUUUCUCGUGAUCUCACCAUGUCGGCGAGCAGAUAAAUCAUCCCUCGCCACGAUCGCCAAGAUGGACUCUGCUUGGGCAAUACUGCUUAGCAAAGGAAAGGACUUGUCAA